UAGGCCGCUAGAGGGCGCAGGAAUAUUGGAAAUAUAAUUUGAUUGUCAACAGUCAAUCCGUUUGAUUUAAAACAAAGUUUAUCCAGUCACAGUAAAGACUUACAGCAGCAGCGAAUGCAUGGACCAAAAAUAAAGCAUGUACUAGGUUUAAAUUGUAUACUGAACGAAUUUUAAAAUGAUGGCACCCCUUUUGAAAGAAGAAGAGAAUUAUGUACGAUUAGCUUUGUUGUUGAAAGGAGUGUCACCUAGAGCAGUUCGUUUAUAUUUUAACAAAGAAUUUCCACCUAAAGAUCUACAUUCAAUGCUGAAUACAAAAAAAAAUACUCUUUCUGGCUUGAAACGUCAGAGAGUUUUGAACCAGGCUCAGUGGAAUCUUUUGUUUCCAAUAAAAGGUGUUCCUGAUUCCACAACUUUUGAUGUAACAUUGAUGAUCUGUUUGAUCAGAAACUUGACAUCUGUUGCUCAGCCAAUCAAUGGAUUUAACAGUCUACCUCCAUCAGUGGAAACAACUCCAGAAGCUGAUCUAGCAAGGAUUAAAUGGUACAGAAAUAUAUUAGCUCAUCAUGAUAAUAACAUAAUGGCCACUGUUGGUUUCAAUACAGCAUGGAGUAAUAUAACUGAUGCUGUAAGUAGAUUGGGUGGUCAGCCAAUGAACCAAGAGUGCCAAGAGUUAAAGGUGAAGAGCUUAGAUCAGUCAAAUCAGGAAAUUAUGCUGGAAAUCAAACAAUUACAGAAAGAGAUGGAAGAACUUAGACUUGCUGUGAAUAACCCAAUUCCAUUGAACAUCAGAGAUCAAAUUAAGGAGGAAUUGGAAACUUGGAGAGAAGAUGACAAAACGUUUAUAGAAACAAAUGGAGCAAAGAGUGUAUUAAAAUGUAUCAAAGACAAUGGUUGUGUUGUUGCCACUGGAAGUUCGGGAACAGGAAAAUCAUUAUUGGUGCGUCAUGUUGCUUUUAGAAUGCAAGAAGGUUAUGAUAUUGUACCGGUAACAAACCCUGAAGAAAUUAUCCAAUGGCACGAUCCAAGUAAGAAAAUCCUGUUCGUUGUGGAUGACUUUUGUGGAACAUAUACCAUAAAUCCUAUGAAGUUUGAAAGCUGGAAAAAUCUGAUGGGAAAAAUCAAAACAUUAGUAGAAAAGAAAUUAGUUAAAUUAAUUAUGUCUUGUAGACUACAGGUUUAUAAAGAUGAAAAAAUGAAAUCUUUAUCAUUUUAUCAAUCCUGUGAAUGUAAUCUAUUGUCUGAAGAUCUACGUUUAUCGAAAACCGAAAAACAAUCUAUUGCUGAACUUUACUUGAAAACAAAGGCUUCUAAGAUCGAGGAAUUUUAUGACAUGUUUGACUGUUUUCCUCUUUUAUGCCAAUUAUACAGCAAAAACACACAACUGAAAAUGGUGGAUUUCUUUCAGACUCCAUUUACAGUUUACAAAGAAGAGAUAGAUAAAUUACAGACAGAGGGCGCACAUGUCAAAUACUGUGCACUUGCUCUAUGUGUAAUGUUUAACAAUCGUUUCAAAGAAGAAUGGCUCACAGAAGAUGUAGAUGAAGAUAUCAAAACAAUUAUAAAGAACACAUAUGAAGCUUGUAAAGUGUUGAAAGGAACAUCUCGGUUGGUUUUACGUGAUGAACUGGAUUCACUAACUCAUACAUUUAUCAGAAAGGAUGGUGAAGUGUACAGAACUAUUCAUGACAAACUGUUUGACUUUCUUGCAUUUUACUUUGGCAUUGUUAUGAUAAAUUGUUUAAUUAAAAAUGCUUCAAGUCCUUUUAUUCGUGAAAGAUUUGUAUUCGAAAGAAAAACCAAUAGGGAUGAAUUUUUAAUAACAGUAUCAGAGCAAUAUCAGAACAUGUACAUGGAGAGGUUGAUAAAUGACUGGUUAAGAGGAAAGGUAGUAGAUGUCUUCUGUAACAUCAAUAUGCACGAUCAAAUCUUCAGACAAAGAUUCCUUGUACAUAUAAAAGGAUUAGAAAUAUCACAGCAGAAAAAAUUGGCUAGUCUAGACAACACAAAAAACAAAAGCACUCCAUUAAUACAGUGUUGUUAUGAUGGAGAUAUUUAUCUGGUUAAAUGGUGCUUAUAUCAUUGUAUCACUAAUGUUGACCAAUGUCGUGAUGAUGGAGCAUCACCUCUGUACAUUGCUUGUCAGGAAGGACAUAUUGAAGUAGUACAAAUGUUAAUGAACAAUAAGGCUAACAUUAAUAAGUGUACAGAUAAGGGAGCAUCACCUCUGUUCAUUGCUUGUGAGAAAAGACGACCUAAAGUAGUACAGAUGUUAAUAAACAAUAAUGCUGACAUUAAUAAGUGUACAGAUAAAGGAGUAUCACCUCUGUGCAUUGCUUGCCAGGAAGGACAUACUGAAGUAGUUCAGAUGUUAAUAAACAAUACGGCUGAUAUUAAUAAGUGUACAGAUAAGGGAACAUCACAUCUGUUCAUUGCUUGUCAGGAAGGACAUAUUGAAGUAGUACAAAUGUUAAUAAAAAAUAAGGCUAACAUUAAUAAGUGUACAUAUAAGGGAGCAUCACCUCUGUUCAUUGCUUGUGAGAAAAGACGACCUAAAGUAGUACAGAUGUUAAUAAACAAUAAUGCUGACAUUAAUAAGUAUACAGAUAAGGGAGUAUCACCCCUGUGCAUUACUUGUCAGGAAGGACAUAUUGAAGUAGUACAGAUGUUAAUAAACAAUAAUGCUGACAUUAAUAAGUGUACAGAUAAGGGAGUAUCACCUCUAUGCAUUGCUUGUCAGGAAGGACAUACUGAAGUAGUACAGGUGUUAAUAAACAAUAAGGCUGACAUUGAUAAGUGUACAGAUAAGGGAGUAUCACCUCUGUGCAUUGCUUGUCAGGAAGGACAUAUUGAAGUAGUACAGAUGCUAAUAAACAAUAAUGCUAACAUUAAUAAGUGUACAUAUAAGGGAGCAUCACCUCUGUUCAUUGCUUGUGAGAAAAGACGACCUAAAGCAGUACAGAUGUUAAUAAACAAUAAUGCCGACAUAAAUAAGUGUACAGAUAAGGGAGUAUCACCUCUGUGCAUUGCUUGUCAGGAAGGACAUACUGAAGUAGUACAGAUGUUAAUAAACAAUAAGGCUGAAAUUAAUAAGUGUACAGAUAAGGGAGCAUCACCUGUGUUAAUUGCUUGUGAGGAAGGACAUACUGAAGUUGUACAGAUGUUAAUAAACAAUAAGGCUGACAUUAAUAAGUGUACAGUUAAGGGAGCAUCACCCAUGUUCAUUGCUUGUCAGGAAGGACAUACUGAAGUAGUACAGAUGUUAAUAAACAAUACGGCUGACAUUAAUAAGUGUAAAGACACAGGGGCAUCACCUCUGUUCAUUGCUUGUCAGGAAGGACAUACUGAAGUAGUACAGAUGUUAGUAAAUAAUAAGGCUGACAUUACAAAAUGUAUGAGAACAGGAGAAUCUCCUUUAUUUCAGGCUUGUUAUAGAGGUCAUACUGAGAUUGUUGAACUGUUGUUAAAGCAUAAAGCAGACAUUAACCUUAAAUGCCAAGGAAUAACACCAGUAGAUAUUGCUAGAAGAAAACAUCAUAUCAAUAUUGUACACAUAUUACAGAAACAGAAAUAAAAUUAUAUGUUAUUUAGGUGUCAGACAGGGUAAAUGAUUUGACCUUCCUGGCUUAGGCUUUACAUUCCCCUAGCCUAAGGGAAAGAAUGAAUAUACAAUGUGAUUAUUAUACUUAGCAAUGUUAUGAUUAUAAGACAAUCAUUCAGCUUAGGCUAAUUGACCAGAAACAUUGCUAGUUGUAUAAUAAUUAUCAUGAUACGUUUGUUUCACAAUGUUAAAAACUUGGGCAAUAGAUGCAUCUUGUUACCUUGAUCAAGUUGAUUAUGUUUUCAAGAUCGUAUGGUAUGAAUUUUGAAAUAAGAACUAUGUCUAAUAGCUCAAUAAACUUGGUUCAAGUUUU